AUGAGUUGGGGAUAACCUGAAGAAGUACCUUAGCAAGCAUAAUCUUGGGGUAAUGCAGAAUCAACAUGGGGCAAUAAUGGAGAUUAAUAAUAAUAGGAUAAUAAGCCCGCAUGGGGUGAUUCUAAUAAUGGUUAGGAGAAUAAGGAAUUUAGAGGAAGAGGUGGACGAGGAGGUAGAGGCGGAAGAGGAGAUAGAGGAGGAAGAGGAAGAGGAGGAGAUAGAGGUGGACGAGGAGGCAGAGNUUAGAUAACAAAUUUUUUAUUAAAAAAAGACUAAAAUUUAAGUACGUAAUAUUCCACACUUUAAAAUUUCAACACACAAUUCUAACCAUGA